AUGAUUGACGUGAGUCACAACAAAUUGCACGGGCAGAUACCAAGGUCAUUGGUCAAUUGUGCGAGGCUCGAGUAUCUUGUUUUGUCAAACAAUCAAUUCAAUGAUGUUUUUCCCAUUUGGUUGGGGACUCUUCAAGAGUUAAAACUUUUGGCAAUGCGCCAUAAUAGAUUCUACGGUGUGAUUGGAAAAUCUAGAAAGAAUGUCGAUUUCCCCAAGUUACGCAUUCUUGAUUUGUCUUACAAUAAUUUUACUGGCGCGGUUCCAUCUAUGUUUCCAAGUAUUAUUGUUAACAAGUCAGCAUAUAUGUUCACAGACGUAGCUUAUGAUGCCAGUGGAGCCAGGAUUAUUAGAUAUGCUGGUUACGCACUCACACUAGCAACAAAAGGUUUGGAGCAAUACUAUCCAAUGAUUCGAGAAGAAUUUGCAUCCUUUGAUAUCUCCAGCAACAAAUUUGAAGGGGAAAUUCCAGACUUCAUUGGGAAGCUUAAGGAGCUUCGUUCGCUGAAUCUUUCCCACAACAUUCUCACUGGUUCUAUUCCAUCAUCCUUCGGAAACUUGACGAUGCUUGAAUCGUUGGACCUUUCACAAAACAAGCUCUCAGGACAGAUCCCCCAACAACUGAGUCAACUUACUUUUCUUGAAAGUUUCAAUGUGUCUCACAACAAUCUCACAGGUCCUAUACCACAAGGAACCCAGCUUACUUCAUUGAAUAUCACUUCAUACGAGGGAAACCCAGGGUUGUGUGGAGAUCCAUUGCCAAAGAAAUGUGGAAAGUCUAAGGCCCCUCAACGUCCACCAUCAACCGUAGACGAUGGUGAUUCUAGCUCAGCGGGAAUAUUUGAAUUUGAUUGGAAAAUUGUUUCGGCCGGAUGUGGAAGUGGGUUGAUUGUGGGAGUAGUUCUUGCAGAUGUUGUGAUCACAAGGAGGCCCGAUAUGUUUCUUAAGAUUGUUGGAAUGAUCAGACAAAUGAUAUGGAAAAUUUAG